GCGGAUCAACACCUGUAAGGUCAAUAAGCACUGGAGGAUCAAUGGCUGAGACUACUAGAUCAAGUACAUCUGUUGCUUCAACAGCAACCACGGGAUCAACUACAAUGAGCGGAUCAACACCUGUAAGGUCAAUAAGCACUGGAGGAUCAAUGGCUGACACUACUAGAUCAAAGACAUCUGUCGCUUCAACAGCAACCACGGGAUCAACUACAAUGACCAGAUCAACACCUGUAAGGUCAAUAAGCACUGGAGGAUCAAUGGCUGACACUACUAGAUCAAAGACAUCUGUUGCUUCAAUAUCAACUACAGGAUCAACUACAAUGACCAGAUCAACACCUGUAAGGUCAAUAAGCACUGGAGGAUCAAUUGGAAGCGCUGCUGUAUCAACCACAACUGGAAAGUCAGUGAUCACUCAAACUUCAUCAACAAGUCGAGGCAAUUUAGCGACUGGUGGUGGGUCAUCGUCCACUGGAAGAUCAACAGCAGAUGCUCGAGGAUCAACCAUUGAGAGCAGAUCAAUGGGCCCCAGAAUAUCAACUAUCAAUGGAGGCUCAAUGGCCACUGGAGUUGUAAGCAGAUCAACAGCAGCCAGUAGAACAGCAUCUAUAGUUGAGUCAACAAAACAUGGUGAUGGUGCUUCAACAAUUCAUAUCAGUGCAUCAAGUGCAGCUCAGCAGACAGUUUUCCACAAAGGAACUACACAAACGGAACCAGCAACAAUACACUCCACAGAAACAACACUGGAAAAGACGACCCCAGAGCCUGAACGUAUUGUCAUCUUGGUUUUUGUCAUAAUCGUUCCUUUCAAUGAUGCCCUGACAAAUCCAACCUCAGUGGAAUUCAUCAAUCUGCAACGAGAGGUUAUAUUCAUGUAUGACUUCAUCUUCAGGACAAGCUUCCCUGGCAUCUACAUCCGCACAGUUGUCAUAGCUUUUCGUCCAGCUGCUGGUGGCACCACACGGGCUGUUAACACCGAAGCACAAGUGGAGGUGGUGUUUAACAAUUCUGCGUCCGCCAGUGCGAUUCCAGCCUCAGACAUGGUCCGAGAAGCCUUUGUUGAAGCUGUGACAAACUCAAAUAACACCUUCAACCUUUCUGUUGAUGCUGAAUCCAUCAGAAUUGUCAGUAAAACAACCGUGGUGUCAACUACUGCAAUAGCACGUUCAAAUACGAUAGCAACAACCUCAAAUGCAGCACAUGGUGCAACGACAAAGAAAGCUACAACCAAAGCAACAACAACCGCUGCUGUCACUGAAUCCCUCACUACAAAAGUGGUGACCUUCAGAUCUGUUGGAGAAACAUUUACCAGUGAGUUGUUGAAUCCAUCGUCAGCAGCAUUUACGCAACGGGCUUCGACUAUUAAAACCAUGCUGGAACCGCUUUUCGAGCCCAUCACAUCAUUUCGUUCCUUGGUUGUGGUUUCAUUCAGAAACGGAUCAAUCAUUAACACAAUGAACUUGAGGUUUUUAGCCUCAUCUGUGCCCAGUGACCGCGAGAUUGCACAAGUCUUAAUCGAUGCAGCGUCCAGCAUCACAGCGUUCAACAUUGAGCCCACAUCCAUUUCUGUGGACGGCACACUAAUUUCUGGUGGAGUGCUUCACAAUGUCAGUCUCUUCACUGCCGCUAUCCUGGUGCUGGUCUCAUGGAAACUGUCAUCUCAGUAAAUUCUAAUGCAAUGUCAAAUGUGAUCACUGGUUUGAAAGGGGACUUCUCAUAGGGAACAAUGAUUCGCGACCAAUAUAAAUGUACAGACACAAUAUCUUGUAAGCGAUGGAAAAUCGACAUCUCAAGUCAGCUUUAUUUUAUCAGAACUAACGCGUCAAUGUUGGUGAACAUGUUCACCAGUCAGCUGCAUCGUGGUCAUCAGCAAGAAAACAACCUCCUGAUGUUUCUCGGCUGUGGAGUUGCUUUGAAAUCAUGAUGCCAGUUGUCCAGCAUGAUUAGUCAGCCUUGUACGAUUACCUUUUCUUGUUUGUAUGAUCAUAUGCAGUUGUUAAUGUAACCGAUAUUGCUGCAGUGAAAAGCAAGAGAAUAAUAAAAAGUGUGGUUAAU